GAUUUCCAAUUGUACAAUUAAAAUUUCAAAAUAUCAAAUAUGUUCGGUAUUUUGAAUUGAUUAAGACUGAUAACUUAUUGGCCUAGUUCUACUAACUACGUAACUCUCUUCGAGGCAUAAGGAACUUAAGACAAGUCUAAUAGAUUAUGUCUAUACACACUCUUAAUCUGGAAUAGACAUGUCCGUCUACGACUGUGUUGGUGUGUGUGCCUAGGUAAAAAAGAAGGACCAUAGUGCAGGUCAGGGAAUUAAACCACCUGUAGGUCCGUGGAAUAUAUCAACCCAUCUCUUGACAUGUGCAUUGUGAUACAGUGUUGACAUGAAGAUGUCUGAGUGCAAAAUGUUGCAAGUCUCUUUGCUGUGUCUGCUGUCACUGAUGCUGUUGUCACAUGUGACCGCCAUUUGCCCAGUAUCUCAGCCGUGUCAGUGUGACAUUAGCAUACACUGUCAGAACAGAAACCUGACAGAAGUGCCGCCCGCGAUGAGCAGUGACGGGGAGGAUUUCCUGGGCUUGUAUCUGAGCCAGAACAGAAUCACGGACAUCAAGAGCGACACCCUUCAGGGUUACCAUGUCAGCAGCAUUGACCUCAGCCACAAUCCUCUGGUGCACUUAGACAACAUGGCUUUCGUAGGUAUGGAGAAGUAUUUGCUGGAGCUGAACUUGGAGGAUGUCCACAUCACGACUCUACCCAGUUCCAUUGCUCAGCUAAUCAACUUACAGACUCUCAACAUUAAAAACAACCCCAUUUCAGGAAUCCCUUCGGCGUUUACAGCGAACAUUGGUCAGUCCUUGUUAAGCUUCUCUUUUGGCGGCACAAAAAUUCGAUACUGGCCCACAGCUCUAAAUCACCUGGUCCGGCUCAAGGCGCUGGACAUGUCACACAAUGUCGUCACUUUUAUGCGGGAGGGGGCAGUGAGCGCCUUCGCUGACACCCUUCAGGAACUAAGGCUGGUCAAUGCAAGCUUAUCCCCGUUCCAGGCUGAAUUGUCUAAACUGAAGGCACUAACCCUGCUGGAUCUGUCCUACAACAGCAUAGUGGACAUCCCUCCAGGGGCUCUCACUAACAUGUCUUUUACCCUGAAGAAGUUGACCAUGUCUCAUGCUCAUUUGAGUUACCUCCCUGAAGCUCUGUAUGAUUUGAACGUUUUAGAGGAGCUAGACUUGAGCUUCAACCCUAUGCAGUCUACCAAUGCGGACAUCAUUGGCACAUCCGACAACUCACUGUUGCGUAACUCUGCCGCCACCUUGCGCUUUGUCAACCUCUCGUCUUGUGGGCUGAACGCCAUCCCUAGGGCCGUAGUAAACCUUGACCAGCUGGAAGUUUUGGACCUGAGUCGAAAUCGGAUUGUGGUUCUCAACAAUCAUCAAUUCUCUAGCCUGCCUCAUUUAAGGACUCUACUCCUAAACGACAAUCCUUUAAUGAGUAUUCCCUACUUAUCGUUCUCUGGUUUGACUUCACUCACGUACCUCAAUCUGGCCAGGUGUUACUUGACCUACAUCCCAAGCUCUUCAUUGCCAGAAGUACAAAAUCUUGAUACGUUAGACCUAUCCAGUAAUCAAAUCACAAGAAUCCCAGACGUCGCCUUUCCCGGUGCCCCUAAGUUGUCUGCCGUUGACCUGUCCAACAACAGCCUGGUGUAUAUAUUUGACUACGCAUUUACAGACGCUCACAGUGUGAGAACAUUGAGAUUAUCUAGGUGCUCUCUGACCAGACUCCCAUCUUCCCUGUCUCAAGCCGACGGACUCCGGACUGUGUUUGUGGACGGUAAUCCGAUCCCAUGCGACUGUGAUCUGAGCUGGAUACUUACCUGGCAGAGACAGUCCGGCAUUAUUCCCAACAUUGUGGGUCGAUGUGCAGACCACCCGACCAUGACUAUAAGCACCUAUGUGUCCACUAGACUGCAGCAUGACUGUGGGUCAGUCGUAGGUUAGAAAAAAAAAGACGUCGUAGGAGACAGAACGUCAAGAUGAAAAACAACAACACAAAACAUUUGAAUCUUCCUAGAAUACCUCGUGAGGGUCCAGUGUGACCAAAUAUCAUUGUUGUGUAUAUAGUUGGUGAAUCUUUUAUGUGACUUUCUUUAAAUAAAGCCAUUCCGUCUA